AUGGCGGCUUCAUCGUCUUCUUCCUCCUCCGACGUGUCCUCUGACUCUUCAGACUCUCAUCGCCGCCGCAAGGAUCGCCGUCGCCACCGUCGAAGCGAGCGAGACAAGGAUUCGCUCAAGGUACGGAAGAAGAGCAGCUCCGGCUCUAAACGACGCCGUAGACGCCAGAACCCUUCCGAUUCCUCUGAUUCUUCCUACUCCGAUUCCUCCAGAGAUGAGAGCUCAGAUAGUGAGCACGAGAGGUCACGAAAGCACAAGAAGCACGAGAAGCCAAAGAAGGCAAAGGACAAGGAGCGAAGCAAGAGUCAUCGUCAUAAACGGCAUAAGAACAGAGACAGAAAGAAAGGGGAAGGAGAAGGAAGUAGCGGGCCUGUUAAACUAUCAAAGUUUUUGAGCCGGAGCAAGGACGAUGGUGAGCGUAGAAGUGCUGUCUCCGGGAAAAAGAUUCUGCUGAAGGUUGACAAGUCGAAAGAGGACAAAGCUGCAGAGAGCAAGAGAAAUGAGUUGCUCAAGUUCUUGAAUGCAAGUUUCGACUAG